CUCGAAGCGAUCGGACAUCUCCCUCUGUAGUUCCUUAGGGCCGUUCGUCAGCGUUCCGUCUGCUCGUCGAAGCUGUGUCAGGUUCGUCGACCUUGAGACCUGCAGCUUGAAUCUCUUGUUUGCUGUUUUCUGUGUCUCUUUGAACAUGAUCGAAGUGCGUCGUCCUGUGUCUCGGUCUGCUGCAGCGUUCUGCUGCUCGGUGAGCUUCUGCCGUUCUCAGACGUCAGACGACGAGCAGCAGCUGCCUCUGCAAGGGGAGGAUGGGAUGUCGCACAUCACGUCCGGCAAAUUCGAGGUCGUCCGUCGCAUCGAGGAGGGGAGAGACGGCAAGAACACGGGCAUCUGGGUGACUGAGGUACUCGAGAAGCGGCAGUACAGAGGAGCGGUGGCAGGGCUCCAUGUGACUGCCGUACAGCUGCGGAUGACGACCUCGGCCACCAAGCACGUGUUCGACACAUCGCUGGAUCGCCUUGAGGACUCUCUCAGCUGCCGGCUGGUCAAGGCGUUUCGGACCAUCUUCUUGUUCAUCCUGUGGGCAUCUGAUAUGCGGGGCAAGGCGCUCUCGGAGAGCGCGCCGGGCGCGGCUGACGGCAGCUGGGCGGGGGACGAGAGUGUGCACCUGAAGGACAAUCAGGAGGUGCUGAUAACGAUGCUGACGGAUUUUCUCUCCUGGCUUCCAGUCGACACGCUGCAGGGAGUGCUGAUCCGCAUCAUGGAUGCGUCGACCACCAGAUACGGCGACGAGCAAGGGGUCAACAACCGUCGCAAGGGUGUUGAGGUGGCCCUCCAUUCCCUUGCUUCCAGAUAUGCUGCUCAGCACUGGUGCGUGAAACCGAGCGAGUGGCUGGGAGGUGUCGUGUCCAUGAUGCUCAACCGGCGAUCUCGUCAACUCUCGCGCAACAUGCUGACGGCUGUGCUCGAUGUCCGCAGAGGUGCGGGAGGGGGGGUGAAGAGGCGGUUCCGACACGAUCGGAAGAAGCCUCCCUUCAUCCCCAGUGAGCUGGCUCUGAGGAAAGAGCGCGACAGCUAUCUGUGUCUGACGUGGGAUUCUGACGAUGGGGCGUUGUCGCUGGGCAACGACUGGAUGGCAGCUGAGCCGUUGAAGGCAUAUCGGACGGCGAGGGCGUCAUCCCAGUGGUUCGAGAGCGUCUGGGUCAACAUAGACAACAACACAAAUACAUCGAUUUUGUGGCACACCAUCCUAUCUGUGCUCCCAGAGGGCCUGGGAGCACAGAUGGAAGGUGGUGUGCCUGUGUAUUGUAGAUCUGUGCUGUUGAGGGCGGAUGGAGGCGAAAACAAGUCCUGAGGGCCUUUAAAGGCUAACAGAACUGUUUGGAAGUCUCUAGGGCCUCUCUUGUCCCUCUCCAGCAGCUGCCUGUGUGCAGCGACAUACAAGAGACAGGGGACAGAAAGAGACAAGGGCAGUGCGAUCGAUAGAGACAUAUGUGUGUGUGUGUCUGUGUGUGUGUGUGGGUGUGUGGGUGUGUCUGUGUGGGUGUGCGUGUGUGGGUGUGCGUGUGUGUGUGUGAUGUGUGGGUGGGUGGGCCGGUGGGUAUGUUUGUAUGUAUGUGUAUCUGUAUCAGGGAGCCGGUUGGUUGGUUACAUGGAUGGACAGAGAGACACACACAUGGUGCAUUCAAUCGAUUGGCGUGUCCAUUAUGCAAACACAACAAGUCUGAUUUGUUGACACAAG